AUCUACUUCUCUUUUGUUUCGUUUGUUGACAAUAAUCACUAGCUAGAUGGCGAUCCAACAAUCUCCCACCCUAUAAAUAUUGUCACCCACUCCAUCUCCAUCUCUCUAUCCAACCCAUAAGAAUGGCGGAAAAUGCAAACAACAAUGGCCUGCCGCCUGGCUUCAGGUUCUACCCGACAGACGAGGAGCUCGUCGUCCACUUCCUUCAGCGCAAAGCCGCCCUCCUCCCUUGCCACCCCGACGUGAUCCCCGAUCUCGACCUCUAUCACUAUGACCCGUGGGAUCUUGAUGGGAAGGCGCUGGCGGAGGGGAAGCAAUGGUACUUCUACAGCCGGCGGAGUGCAAACAAGGUGACGCAGAAUGGGUACUGGAAGCCCGCAGGGAUGGAGGAGCCCGUUAUCUCGGGUGGCAACAGGCGAGUUGGGCUGAAGAGGUACUUGAUGUUCUUCGCCGGCGAAGCGAAAACCAAUUGGAUGAUGGAAGAGUAUCGCCUCCCAGAUUCCUCCGCUACUUCUGGUAGCAGUAGCAGUUCCAGGUCGUCGAGAAGUACAAGAUCGCGCUCUCGAAUGGAUCAUAGCAAAUGGGUUAUUUGUCGGGUCUAUGAGAGCGACUCAAGUGAUGAUGACGAUGGCAAUGGGUCGAUAGAGCUAUCUUGCUUGGAUGAAGUAUUCUUAUCUUUGGAUGACCUUGACGAGAUUAGUUUGUUGAAUUGAUUAGCUUUGCAUGUAGUUAUCGAAUAUAGAUGUUCCCAAACAUACUAAUGAUGUAAUCUUCAUAUGAAGUCGUUUCAUGUUCUUAAUUAGUUUUGAAUGUUAUCAAUCAAAUGUAGAAAGAUGGAUUUAUUAAUUAUCUUCUCCUUGACAAUCAAUU